AUGGGAGGCCAUGGCGGUCUCAACAUUCUCCCGCAGAAGCGGUGGAACGUCUACAACUACAAGAACAGGGAAAAGAUCCGCCGCGAUGAGGAGCAAGCCACCAGAAACGAGCAGAUCAAGUGCGACGAAGUCAGAAAGCGUGACGUCGAGCUCCGCCUCGAGUGCCUCUGCACUGCCAAGAGUUUGGCUCCUCUCGUUAAGGCCAAGGCAAAAGAAGAGAAGCAGGAGGAAGAAGAAGAAGAACUGGAAUUGAAGAAUUUGGAAAUCGAGAAGAGGAAAGAGUUGUUAGGGAAAAGGGAAGGGUGGAAGAAGGAGAAGAGGAUGAAGAAAGAAGAAGGGAAGUCCUCGGGGGUGGUGGUGGGUCCCGAGGAUGAAAAGUAUAGGUUAAGGCCGUAUGGGGUAGCAGGGAAGGGUGUGAAGAUGCCUUGGUAUCUUGAGAUUCGUAAUGGUGCCGAUGAGAAGGGUGAUGAGGAUGAUAAUGAUGGGGAAGUGAAGAAUGAGAACAAGAAGAAGAAUGGGAGGAAGACUUUGGAGGAAUUGAGAGAGGUUGAAGAGGGAGAAGCACGAGAAGGAGGGGGAGAGGAAUGA